GCUGUGUAGUGUGAGAACAGACAGGAAUAUAAAGAGGGAAAGGCUUCAGCAGGAGAAGAGAAAAGUUUCAGAUAUACAGCGGAGUAACCAGCAGCAUUCACCAUGUCAUUAGAUCAGUACAAGGAUUCCCCUCGACCUGAACUGUUUGAUUUCCAUGGAGUUCCAAUGUCCCACUUUUUCACAGACAACUGGGAGAACAUCCAAAACUUUCAGGCCAGGCCCGAUGAUAUACUUAUUGCAACAUACCCCAAAGCAGGAACCACCUGGGCCUCCUACAUUCUGGACCUGCUGUAUUUUGGUCAGCAAGAGCGCCAGACAUCCGUCCCAAUCUAUGACAAGGUGCCUUUCUUGGAGGCUUUCUUCCCGCCUCAUCAUUCAGGAAAAGAUCAGGCGGACAACCUCCCCACAUCUCCUCGACUCAUCAAAACUCACUUUCCAGUCCAGUUUGUGCCUAAAUCCUUUUUGGAACAAAACUGCAGGAUAGUCUACGUUGCCCGCAAUGCCAAAGACAACAUGGUGUCUUAUUUUCACUUUGACCGCAUGAACCUAGCUGAGCCAGAGCCUGGAGAUUGGAGCAACUUCUUCCAGAGAUUCAUGGAGGGAAAGAUGGUGUUUGGAUCGUGGUACGACCAUGUGAACGACUGGUGGAAAAAGAAAGAGAGUUAUCCAAAAAUCCAUUACAUGUUCUAUGAAGACAUGAUUGAGGAUACUGGACGGGAGAUAGACAAACUCUGCAGCUUUCUUGGUUUGUCUCCUUCUGCAGAGGACAAGAUGAAGGUUACAGGGGGGGUGCAGUUUGACAAUAUGAAAAAGGACGGCAUGGCAAACUAUUCUACGAACCCAGUUAUGGAUUUCAAGAUUUCUCCUUUCAUGAGAAAAGGGAAAGUUGGUGACUGGAAGAACCAUUUCACUGUGGCCCAGAGUGAACAAUUUGAUGAAGACUACAAGAAAAAGAUGAAGGAUGCAACACUUCAGUUCCGCACUGAAGUGUGAACAGAACUGGACGGGCUGUGUAUUUUUGGGGAUCAAUGACUGACUGGGCAUAUGUCUUCUCUGUGAGACAAUCAAAAUAUAUGUACGCUUAUAGUAGAACCGUAGAAUCUAUGAUUAUUAUACAUGAGGCUUUACAAAUCUCCAGGUUUAGCCUCACAUACAAUAUUAUUGCACAUGUUAAAGAAAGUAAUACUCAACCUAGUAUUGAAGUUAUUGUUCUCAUCAUCCAUCUGUCCUUUCUGCAGAAGUGGGAUAACUGUAUUGCUUUGUAUACGAUAUGUGUAUAUUUGUAAUUAAACAGCAGCUCAUU